AUGGAUGACGAGGAGAGAGAGAGGCUUCUGGAGAGGGAGAGAUUGCAAAUCCAAAUGAUUCACCAGCUCGAUCUCGAGCACCUCGAAGUCGAAGAAGUCGAUUACACCGAUGAAGACGAAGAAGCCGACGAGGAAUAUGCGAUUUUCCUUUCACAAUUAAAUUCGUCUAGUCCUCCACAAUCUUCCGCUGAAUUCACUUUCGACACCUAUAUCACGCCGUUGCAUACGUAUCUCGGUGAUGUGGAAGACACUCGCCACAGGACUGCGUUCUUGGACGGUGGAGCUAUAUUGAACAUUCCGCUUUUUUUCCUCCGAGGUAUUGGAGUUGUACUCUUUCCAGGGGCUACUCUUCCCCUUAGAAUUAUUGAACCUCGUAUGGUGGUUGCUGUGGAGAGAACUAUAACUCCAGAUGAUAUUCCUCAGACCAUUGGCGUGAUUCGAAUUCACAUGGAUACUGCAACUCGAAGGAUGAAAUCAGCAAGCGUUGGGACAACUGCAGAGAUUCGACAAUUUCGGCGUCUGGGGGAUGGUACACUGAAUGUGGUUACCCGUGGACAACAAAGAUUUCGCCUAAGACGGUCCUGGAAUGACGUGGAUGGAGUGGCUUAUGGAGAGAUCCAAAUUAUUGAGGAAGAUCUGCCAGUGAGAACUCCAAGGGAUGCCUUUGGCAAAUUAGCACCAUUGAGUAAUAUGCCCCGUAGCCAAGCUGUCUCAUACACAGUGUCUUCACCAGAUUCUCAUGUUAAAAUGCAAAGGUCAAAAAAUGAGGAAAGUGAUUCAGAAGCGAGUUUUGAGAGUGAGCUCUCAUUGGUGGAAAGGAAAAUCCAUCUAUCAGUUGUUGGCUCCAGUUAUGUGCAUGAUACAAUGGAUGAAUCUGCAAACAUCAGCGGGGCAAAGUGUAAGUCAGAUCAGGAAAUUAGAUCCAAUCUGGAUUCAAGGACUGGGAACUGUUCCACUUCUGGAAAACAGUCAUCCAAAGAAGAGCUUAAUAGAUAUAAAAAUAUAUGUGCCUACCCAUCUCAUAAAAUUUCUAAAGCAUUUUGGCCCCACUGGACAUAUCGGAUGUUUGACUCUUAUUUGCUGGCACAAAGGGCUGCAGAAAUGUGGAAGCAAAUAGUUGGGGUGCCUAACAUGGAAAGUCUCGUUAAAAAGCCUGAUAUUUUAUCGUUUCACAUAGCCAGUAAAAUACCUGUGUCUGAGUCUACAAGGCAGGAGCUUUUGGACAUUGAUGGCAUUGCAUACAGACUGCGUAGGGAAAUUGAAUUACUAGAGAGCAUUGAUCUUAUCCGCUGUAAAAGCUGUGAGAGUACAAUUGCAAAACGAAGUGAUAUGCUGGUGAUGUCAAGUGAGGGUCCUCUUAGUGCCUAUGUGAAUCCAGACGGUUAUGUGCAUGAGAUAAUGACUCUUUACAAGGCAAAUGGUUUAGCUCUAAUUGGACCAGCAGUAGCUGAAUACAGUUGGUUUCCUGGGUAUGCGUGGACAAUUGCUACUUGUGCAACAUGUAAAACCCAAAUGGGGUGGCUUUUUACUGCCAGGAGCCAAAAACUGAAACCAAGCACUUUCUGGGGGAUUCGGAGCUGUCAACUUGCAGAAGAAAAACGCGAAAACCUUUAG